AUGCCCAGACGACGCCGACAGAGGAAGUCGAACAAGCGCAGUUCCAAAGGCCCCUCUCAACCCGAAGAGUGGUACACGAUCCGCCAGAUCCUUGAUGAGCGGAUCGUCAAGGGGCAAGUCGAGUACCUGGUGGACUGGGACGAUAACGUCAACACUGGAGAAGUGUAUCCUCCGAGCUGGAGCGACGAGGUAACCGACGUAGCUCUCCAGGAGUGGGAAGACAACAAAAGGGGAAACGCGAAGGACGCCGCCCCGGAGCCACCAGCAUCCCCUCCACCACCGGCUGCCGAUAGAGAGGAGGAGGACAGUCAGGAGCCGCGACCUUCGAACUGGCGACGAAACGGCAAGCGCCCGAAUGUGUCCGGUGAAAGCCAGCUCCUCCCCAGCUCUUCUGAUUGCGACGAGCCCCCAAGGAAGAAGGUGAGGAUUGGCACUCACGACAGGGCUUCCGAGGAUACGGUACCAUUCACCAGCUCGACGGGAACUGCGGACCCUGAAGUUCAGAGUCCCAAGUCAUUGCGCUCCGAAGAUUUCGCUCGCCUCGCUGGUCAAAAGCUUGCCAUAGAAUUGUCCAAGCCCCCCCAGUUUGAUCCCACCGAGUACCAUAGCGUCGUUAACACUCAAAGCUCCCAGUUAGUGUCUGAGCUCGAGGAAGAGGAUAGUAGGGCCAUUCUCGCAUCGCAGCUGAGCCAGAGAACUAUCCCCAACUCACAAGACCUCUCUGGACAAACCUGGGCUCAGUCACCGGUUGAAACACCCACAACCCCUACACAUCCCCAUCUGCCAGAUCAAAAGUCGUCUCGCUGUUGUAUCCCUGUUAGCUCCCUCGUCGUCUCGGACUCUCAGGGCCACUCUUUUAGCUGCCCGGAAUCAGGCGCCAUCACCAGCCAACGAAGUUCAGUGGUGCCAGUAAACCAGGGGAUUUCAGCUCAAUCUCAACAGGACAUUGCAGACUGCGAGCUGACCAGCUCUGAUAUUCCCUCCCACCAGCUCGAGCAACCUCAGCUUCAAUCAUUAGGAAGUCCAGAUCUGUCAACUGCGCCCGAGCCGCAUCUAGCCAACCACUUGGUCUCUGGGACUCUUGCUUCUCGCGUUUCUCUGCCAUCAGCCGUCGCCGGUGCCCUGCAUGAACCCAUCUUUUUGACUCAACCACAGGGACUUCUUGAUUCACAAGCUCCGCCAAGUUCCUCUACAGUCUCUCUCGCGAUACGAGCGUUGGAAAGUUCUGCAGGAACCGACAGAAGCAGUCCACCCCGCAACCGCUACACCAACGAUCCUAGUGAAACUCGGAAUACCCUUCAGUCUUGUUCUAGAGAGUCGCAGGCGGCCCAGUUCGUUCCUCGAGAGUUUGAAUCCUUUCCAGACAAUAUUACAGGCAGUCAUCACACCGAACGUAACCCCGAGUCGCAGCCGAAACCUAGGUGGGAGGACCUGAUCCUGGCGUCUCCAUCGGUGCCCCAAAACAAUCAGCCUCGACGGGACCCAGAAGGUUGGGAACACUCCGCAGUGAAUCCUCCUAGAUCGAGCCCCUCUGUCACUACUCAGUUCCAGGCGUCCCAGUCCGGAAAAGAACUACAAGGUCAGGAGUACUCCGCGGCGAACCCUCUUGAAUCGAAUUUCUCGAGCACUCCCCAUUCCCAAAUCUUACCAGAAGAGUCUCUGACCUGCCCUGAGCAGCCGACGCCUUGGGGAGAAAUCCCAGAGUCACCCAUAGCUAUCGCUCCAAUUCAGGGUGGUCCGAUUUCAAACAUGGACGAAUCCUCGACACCAAAGCCACAAAGUUCGGCGAUAAACGAGCUGAAGAGCUUGUUUGAUUUCGGCAAUGCCUCGCUUGCAUCUGACCUAGAAGAUCUUACAACCGAUGUGCAGACCGAAACCGCCCCCCAGCAGCAAUCACCUUCAUCUGUCAACCUUGCAGGCGAAACGACUGUUGCGCCCCGAGUGGUUAUUCGUUCUCCUGAACCAGAUGUUCUCUCGCAAUCUCUGUUCCCGGUGGAACCCUGGAAACCCGAGGUUAUGAGAAGCGCCGCCCAGGACAUGCCCCCUCCGUCAAUUUCCCCUGCUUCGAUUAUGGUCAACCCAAACCAGUCCGCAGUUGAGUCAAUGCGAGAGAUUGUGAACUCGUCGUUCGGUGACUCAAGUAAUUCAAUCGCGAGAUCCUUGCUGGUCGAAAGCCCCGGCGACGUGCCACAAGGAACCGUUUCCCCUGCCGAUAUAAGCAACUCAAUGGAUCCAUCGAACUCGGUUCACACACUUAUCAUGCCUUUUUCUGACCGGACUGUGAUAUCUUCGGGGCAGUCCAUUACCAUGGGACAGGGCACGGAUCAUCGAGCAUACACAGAAUCAUCUUCCUCGUCAGAAAAUGAGGUACCUCUGUCAGAGCACAUCGUCACCCUGCCAUUUCAAGCAAGCAGACGGCCGUUCUAUGAUGAGACCUUGCUCGAAUAUAGGGUCGAUGCCGAGAAAUUUGGCGAAUAUUUCAGCAGCGAGGUCUACAUCGAUCCCGAUGAGGCGUUGAUCAAGAGAAUCGAUGAACUUCUGGGUCGCUUGAUGAACAUUUGUGACUACCCGCAAGAUCUCGUUGGCACCAAGUUGGAGGAUCUGCCUGCAAAUGAGCAGGCCAAGUAUUCAGCUGACGCCAACCCAAAAUUCAACUUCAUUUUCGAGCUUCUACAGACAAUUGAAAAAGAGACGGAAAUUCUGGUUAUUGCCCGGACUCCAGAACUCCUUCGCCUUCUGUUUGCUCAAGCGGAGGCUCUGGGACUCGAGUCUGUGUGUCAGAGCGUUGACAAACUAGAGAGUGCCCAGAAGGACUCUCCGGUUCGUGUCACUCUUGCCCUGUCGAGCGAAGACCUCGAUCCAUUCAAGUUUGAUGCUGUUAUCGGGUUUGACCACACCUUCAACUCCUCCCCUAUUUCCCAACGACUUUCGUCGAGCAGCAAUGGUGGGAAAGCGCCGCUCGUCUUGCAGUUGGUGACGACUCAUUCGAUUGAGCAUAUUGCCCUUCAUGUUCCUCAAGAAAUCUCGCCUCUCGAGAGAAAGAAUGCGCUUUUAUCAGGCAUCGUACAAGCGAGGAGGUUGAUAGACGAUCCUGACCGAGGGUAUGUCGACCCUCAUGAAGUCGCGGAAGUGUUCUCAAACUACUUGAAUGGCUUCACGGAGAGUAUAUCAUGGCAACCCCAAUCGAUCCCGGACUAUGUGAUCGACUUUUACUUAAGCUCGCAAUCUCGCUCGCAGAUGCCCGCCGAGUCCAAAAUGCUUGAAGGGAAUGGGCUCAAGCGCAAGCUUGACUCUGAGGAGGAUUCUGACGAUGCGAAGCGGAUACGUGUGUUUCCUGUGAUGCAGCCGGCAGUCGAGUCUAACGACCCUCCGCUCACAUAUGCGCUUUGGGAACUAUUAAACUCUAGCAAGCCCAAGGAUGCUACGAGUGAGAGAAUGUCCAAAAUCAGCGUGCCUCUAGCUGUCCUGGAAAGCUUAGCUGAAAAAGUGUCCGAUUAUCAACGCCAGGCGGCUGAAAAUGAUCUCAACGCCGAGCAUAAGGCCAUCAUCAACGGGCUCGAGAAACGACUCAAGGAAUUUGAGAGGACCACCAACAAGGUCUCCGAGUCUCACCGCAAGGCUCUCCAGGAGCGCUCCAGUUUCGAAAAGGCCAAGCUGAAGGCUGACGAGGCCAUGAGGGCAACUGCGGAGGCCGCACAGAAGGAGAGUGAGAAACAUCAGAAGCGAAUAGCGGAACUCGAGGCCAGAGUUGCGCGGUUGACAUCCGCCCCCGAAGCGGCAGGUACGGAGGAGGGCCCCUUGGCCAAAACUGAGAGGCUUUACGAGGAGUCUGAGAAGAAGGUCAAGUUGUUGGAGAAGAGACUUGAGAACGCCCAAAAGGAAGCCGACUACAUCAGAAACUUAUACCAGGAUGUGAACUCUACGGCUGGUGGUCUCGGAGCAGAGAUCAAGGGGUUGCGGGAACAGAACGAAGACUUGCAGAAGAAGGCGUCAGAGAACAUGGUACGAAUUCAGCAGAUCCAAGCCGACAACGCGAACAAGGAGCUGUUCCGUACCCUCUCAGAUCUCAAGAUUCAAUUGCGAGAGCGGGAAAUUGAAGUUGCGCACCUCCGUGAGGAGCUCAGCCUCCGCAACGGCCGGCCGGCUACGCGCCAGGCCAGCGUGCCGCGAAGCCCUCGCAUGGGUAGCAUGAUGAGCCCGCGGGCUGGGCGGGGGUUCGGAGGUUCUGCUAGCAGAGGAACCAGCCCGGCUGCAGUGGCUGGGUACGACGGGAAUGGAUCCGGAGCAAUCCCUGGUGUGCAGUUCAUGGGUCAGCAGCCCGGUAACGGCCGAUGGGGCCACCUGAGGGAUUGA